CAAUAUUAUAUCGUGUAUGUUAAGUUGCCUAAAAUACAACAGUUGUAUUUUACUAAAUUAAACUCAAAACUAAAGUUUUAUAAUAAAAAACAUUCUAAAAUGGCUCAUAAUGUGAAAAUUGCCUCUAACUUUCGUUCAAAAUUUCAGGCGAUUUCAAAAGAUACGUUGCAUUGGUUUCCUGGUCAUAUGAAUAAAGGAAUGAAACAAAUGCAACAGAAACUACGAUCAGUUGACUGCAUUAUUGAAGUUCAUGAUGCAAGAGUGCCAUUCUCAGGACGAAACGCUGAUUUUAAGUACAGAAUCUCAGGAAUUAAACCACAUAUACUUGUGUUAAACAAGGUGGAUACAAUUGAAUCCAAACACAUACCUCUGAUCAAAGACAAAAUCAAAUCUGAGUUUCCACAUGUUAUCUUCACAAACUGCAAAAAUCACAGAGACAAAGGAGUAUCAAGUGUAUUUCCAUUAGCACAGAAGUUAAUUAACGAUUCAGAGAGAUACAACCGCGCCAAUGAAGAGGACUUCUGCAUUAUGAUAAUUGGCAUUCCAAAUGUAGGCAAAUCUUCACUCACAAAUGCCUUACGGAAUAAAUAUCUACAUAAAAGUGGAGCAUCAGCAGUUGGUGCAAGUCCUGGAAUUACAAGAUCAGUUUUGCAUAAAAUCAAAAUGUGUGAGAAGCCUUUGUUUUACAUGUUGGAUACACCUGGCAUUUUGUGUCCUAAUGUGGACAACACAGAAAGUGGUCUUAGAUUAGCAUUGUGUAACACUAUUCAGGAUCAUUUAGUAGGGCCUGAAAUAAUGGCUGAUUAUUUGUUAUAUUGGCUGAAUAAGCAUGAAAGGUUCAAAUAUGUGAAAGCUUUAGGUAUGUCUGAUGCAAGUGAUAAUAUUUUAGAAGUUUUAGCUCAUAUUGCUAAAACUGAAAAGAAAUUGUUGAAGAUUAAAAGUACUGAAGGAUAUGUGUUGAAACCGGAUAUAAAUUCAGCUGCUUAUUCAAUGAUUAAGAAGUUUAGGAAUUUAGAAUUUGGUAAAAUCAUGUUUGAUGAAGAUUUGUUAUAGUAUUGAAUAAAAUGUGUAGCAAUGA